UCCACUCACACUCCUACCAUCAUCUCCACACCUCCCACGGACAGAUGCUCAUCUGGAGCCACUUGGCUUCUGAGCAGCAGCAGCAGCAGCAGCAGACGUAUCACACUCGCCAUCAUCGCCAUCAGCCUCACCUCCCCCUCCACCACCUCCACCAACAGCCGCCCACCAUGACCAUCCGCUCGCGCUCACAGCAAGAGCUUCGAGACAGCCCCCCUCCUUAUACCAUGGCUGCUGACAACUACAGCGCCGACGUCAAACAAUCCUUGGACAAUGAUCGUAUCGACGCAAAGGGCUCGGCACUGCUCCCCUACUCCGCAUCGCAGCGUACAACACCACCACCUCGGAGAUACAUGGGCCUACGCACUCUGCUCCUCCUCCUCAGCCUGUCUGCUGGGUUCACCUACUACACCCUGUCCAGCACACCCGACACUUCCGUCUACGGCGAAGAAGUCAACUUUCACUCUUGGUCUGCGUCCCUGUCUUGGAAGAACAAGGGGCAUCACUCACACUCGCAAUCCAAGUCCCACUCUCAUUCCUGGUGGAAGUCGCUCACUGGAGCAUCUUCCCACCAUCAAUGUCCCCAUCGUGCGAGAGUACAGCGUACAGUCAACGGCAUGCUUGAGGCGCUUCAUGCUAAAGCUGCCUUUGCUGAGCACAUGGUGGAUGCCGGCGACAUCGACAGCCCCUCCUCAAGCAAUGCAACACUGCACACCACCAUGCCAGACGUCGCCAAAUACCUCGAGGAGCAAUUUCUCAGCGUGCCUGACCCCAAGAGCGCACGCGCAGCAUUGAAGAAUUACACAAGUCGCCUGCACGUAGCGGGUACAGAUCAUGACUACCAGUCUGCUCUACAGAUCCAGCAAGAAUGGGCAGAGCUACUCGGUGCUCCCAAAGUCGACGACCCUACAGCGCUCCUCUUUGACGCUGGUUCACCCGAGAGUAUCCAUUACCUCACCGGAGAUUGGACCGCAAGCGGCAACAAGGCCCGAGUCUGGACAGACACCUACUAUGUCUGGCUCAAUUAUCCCAAGAACUCGUCACUCUCGCUCUCCCGUCCGGGUGGCGAAGUUGCCUUCACCGCUAAUCUGUCGGAGGACGUCAUCAAAGAAGAUCCAACCAGCUCUCAGGGCAACCAGCCUUUCCAUGGCUACAGCAAGCCAGGCUCAGCAUCUGGACCCAUCGUGUACGCUGGCCUGUGUACCAUCGAUGACUUCGCUGCCCUCAAGAAGAAAGGCGUCAAGGUCGAAGGGGCCAUCACGCUCUGCAGAUACGGAGGUCCCUUCCGAGGUCUCAAGGUACGUGCCUCUGCUGAUGCCGGGGCAGUUGGUACACUCAUCUACAGCGACCCUCUUGAGGACGGCAACGUGACCGAAGCCAAUGGUUAUAAGCCUUACCCACAUGGUCCAGCUCGGCAACCCCAUUCCGUCCAGCGAGGCAGCGUACAAGCUCUGAGCUUCUAUCCCGGAGACCCAGGAACACCAGGCGAGCCUAGCUACAAGAAUGCAACGCGCCUCGAUCCUGAAGAAGCCGACUCCCUUCCCAAGAUCCCCAGCCUUCCCAUCAGUUACUCGAAUGCCAAACCUCUUCUGGAGGCCCUCGUGGGGCACGGCGUCAAUACUGCCGAGCUGGAAUCCAAGGAUUCUCUGUGGGUGGGCAAGGUACCAGGCGUGGAAGAAUACUGGUCUGGCCCAAGCGAGAUGGUCGCCUCGAUGGAGAACAACAUGACGUCCAUUGAGUCAAAGGCCAUCUGGAACACCUACGCCUUCAUCCCAGGGCUCAUUUCGGACGAGACCGUAAUCACCGCUGUGCACCGAGAUGCUUGGACUUUUGGUGGGGCAGAUCCCUCCAGCGGUACAGCCGCGAUGCACGAGCUCGUUGCUGGUCUCGGACAUCUCACCAAUGAGUACCACUGGAGACCUAUGAGGAACAUUCUCAUCGCCAGCUGGGACGCAGAAGAGUACGGUCUGGUCGGCAGCACCGAAUUUGGCGAAGAUUAUGCACAAUGGCUCCGGGAGCAUGCGGUGGCCUACUUCAACACAGACGUGGCAGCUGCCGGCUCCUGGCUGAGGAUGGGAGCUUCUCCUUCGCUAGCACAGCUGUACAGAGAUGUAGCCAAGAGCGUUGAGGAUCCAAACUCCAAAGACGAGGCCAGCCCCAAGCUCAACAUCACCAAAGUAGGCCCUCUGGGUUCAGGUUCAGACUACUCUGUCUUCUUGCAGCACCUUGGUAUCCCCUCGUCCGACAUUGGAUUCGCCUACAGUGCCCGGGACGGAGAUGCAGUGUACCACUACCACUCCAACUACGACUCCUUCUACUACAUGGAUCACUUUGGCGACCCGGGCUUCAAGCGCAUCACCACGAUUGCCAAGGUUCUUGGACUAGCUACCUGGCGUAUGUCCCAGAGUCUCUUCCUGCAGCUCGAUGUCGGCGAGUAUGUCUCGGUGAUUGGGGAGUACAUCGAUGAGGUGCAGGCCAAAUUCAACAAAGCCAAAAGGGACGGACCGCUCGGAAAGGGAACAAGUCGGUCCAGUGGAAGGUGGCAAGGUUGUCAUCAUGCGCUCUUCAAGGACCUCAAGAGCUCUCAUGCAAGGCUACAAGCCGCUACCAAGGAACUAUAUGACGAGAAGGCUCAAGUCGAGAAGGAGCUCCGGGAUCUGGCUGGCGAUCACACCUACUCUGCCUCUGAACCUAUGUCUGGCCCUGGACUUGGCGAUGCCGUCCUCUCCGACGUAUCUUCAACACCAUCCGACCUUCCGAGCGAAGCCCACUUCAGCCUCUCUCGCCUUGCCGAACUCUCCUCUUCAUCUCUCCCGCAGCCCUCCCCCUUGCCCGCCCUUCUGGCCCGCGUCGCCAGCAUCAACCGCUCGCUACGCCUCUUCGAGCAGACCUUCAUUUCUCCCUCGGGACUCAAAGACCGUCCGUGGUACAAGAGUCUGCUCGUCGGACCUGGCAGGUGGAGAGGCUAUGGUGCUACACCCCUGCCAGGGUUGAUGGAAGCCAUUGUCCUUGACGGAGACUGGGACGAGGUGAUUUCUGAGGCGAAGAGGUUGGAGGAGGCGAUGAGGAGGGCUGGUAAGGUGCUCAAGAGGGGAGCUGGUCCGAAGAAGGGGAGCAAAGGGGGACGAAAGUGAGGGGGGGGGGUUAGAUCGCGAGGAAGAGCUUAGCGAGAUAGAUGAUGACAGGGAAAGGUAAAGAAGCCAGCGGUGGCCGUCGGACCUUCCUGCUGCGACUCGAUUCCUCUUGUGCUUCGAUAAUGAUGACAUUCUCAAUUCAUCGGGUUCUGCCGCUCCUGUCUCU